CCCACUUUCUUGCCUUCUCGUGACCUGUCCUGCAAGGUACCCAGCAACGGGGCCGUGGCGCAACCUUUGCCUGCCUGAUUGACGCAAGCGCUUCCCAAGUCUAGCUGGAGUUUCUGUUUCAUAGUGCACUGUCUUUCCUUCCCCCAAGCUCUCUUCCCCAUCCUCCCCUUCAUCACUCCAUCACCCUUCCAACCGUUCAAUUCCCAGUUUCGCCUUUGUUGCCAUCAGCUAUCAUCAAAGAAAGCAACUGUCCUUUGUCCGGAAGUGCAAUGAGGAUCGCUGCCUCAACAGUGCUGCUCGGGGCUGCUUCGGCAGCCUCAUUCCAGCAGCAAGCCCAGCAUGUGCUUUCAGAUGGCUUCGGCAGGGCCGAAGAAGCCAUGAAGCCUGUUAGCGACGCAUUCGCUGAGUCGAUUGCUCGUCCUAUUGAGAGCUCCCAGCCCAAGGACUUGCCCAAGGACUUUUUCCAAGGCAUCACCGCCGAAGCUAAGGCACUGUGGGACGAGAUUAAGCUCCUCGUCCCCGAAAAGGCUUUCGAGCAUUCCACUUGGUUUAGCAAGCCGAAGCCGCAUCGCCGCCGCAGCGACUGGGACCAUGUCGUCAAGGGUGCUGAUGUGCAGAAACUGUGGGUACAGGAUGCCGAUGGCCAAAGCCAUCGCCAGGUCGACGGCCGCAUUGAGGAUUUCAACCUCCGCGUCAAGGCCGUCGAUCCGUCCAAACUCGGCGUCGAUUCGGUCAAGCAAUAUAGCGGCUAUCUUGACGACGAGGCCAACGAUAAGCACCUGUUCUACUGGUUCUUUGAAUCUCGGAACGACCCGAAGAACGACCCGGUCGUCCUGUGGCUCAAUGGCGGCCCGGGUUGUUCAUCCCUGACUGGCCUUUUCCUUGAGCUUGGUCCUUCAUCAAUCGACAAGAAGCUCAAGGUUGUCAACAACGAGUUCAGCUGGAACAACAAUGCCUCGGUCAUCUUCCUCGACCAACCCGUCAAUGUUGGGUACUCGUACUCUGGAUCUUCCGUGAGCAACACCAUUGCUGCUGGCAAGGAUGUUUAUGCUCUCCUGACUCUGUUCUUCCAUCAAUUCCCCGAGUACGCAAAGCAAGACUUCCACAUUGCGGGCGAGUCGUAUGCCGGGCACUACAUUCCCGUCUUUGCCUCCGAGAUCCUGUCGCACAAGAACCGGAACAUCAAUCUCAAAUCUGUCCUCAUUGGCAAUGGCUUGACCGAUGGCCUCACGCAGUACGAGUACUACCGCCCUAUGGCCUGUGGCGAGGGCGGUUAUCCCGCUGUCCUCAGCGAAUCCGAGUGCCGCAGCAUGGACAACGCUCUGCCGCGGUGCCAGUCCUUGAUCAGAAACUGCUAUGAGAGCGGCAGCGUGUGGAGCUGCGUUCCAGCUUCGAUCUACUGCAACAACGCCAUGAUUGGCCCGUAUCAGCGGACCGGCCAGAAUGUCUAUGACAUUCGUGGCAAGUGCGAGGACAGCGGCAACCUCUGCUACAGCGCCCUUGGUUAUAUCAGCGACUACUUGAACCAGAAAUCGGUUAUGGAUGCCCUUGGCGUCGAGGUCUCGGGUUACGAGAGCUGCAAUUUUGAUAUCAACCGCAACUUCCUGUUCCAGGGCGAUUGGAUGCAGCCAUUCCAUCGCCUGGUUCCCAAGAUCCUCGAGGAAAUUCCCGUCCUCAUCUAUGCCGGCGAUGCUGACUACAUCUGCAACUGGCUCGGUAACCAGGCGUGGACUGAGGCGCUUGAAUGGCCGGGCCAGAAGGACUUCAACAAGGCCUCGAUCAAGGACCUGAAGCUCGCCGGUGCUGACAAGGAGUACGGCAAGGUCAAGGCCUCGGGCAACUUUACCUUCAUGCGCAUCUAUCAGGCUGGCCACAUGGUGCCCAUGGACCAACCCGAGAAUUCGCUCAACUUCCUGAACCGUUGGUUGGGCGGUGAGUGGUUCGCGCAUUGAUAGCUAUGCCCAGUAUUGUAUAUGAGAAUUGCUAUUCGAUUGCUCUCGUUGAAUAGUUAGUCAAAGUACUUUUUGUAUGUAGGAAUUUAAACGAGUUGAGCUCAGAAGGACAUGGCGCAUUCACUGUUUCUUUGCCACAUCUCAUAUCUCACAAUUGGAAAGUUCUGACUUGGGGCCAAUUCUCAGCGAAAUGUGAUGAGGGCUCGAGUAGCUUGAUAAGGAAUAAGCAGACCUUGGAUCGAUCCUCAAAAUAAGAUGUGAUGUAGGCUUGAUUGAGUAACUAAUCAACAUUGUGCCCUCCUUCUCAU